GAACAAGGUAAUGUCCUGCAAAUAGAAGAACAAUUUUUUAAAGCAGCUAUUUAUUAUGCAGAUCAUCUAAUAAAUAUAGAAACCUUAAACCCCUGAGAAGAGGAAGCUGAGCAACAGAAUAAUGGAGUAGUAAACAAUGGCAGCUUUUCUAGUCAAAUCAGCAUUUCAUUAGCUUCCCAGCAGAAUGCAGAUGGAAGUUUUUGAGCUCGUUGUGUGGGGUUUUGUGAAAUGAUUCAGUUGUUGCUACAGAGCCAAGGUGUGCCAGAGGUGAUGCACUGAUGCUGAGGAGGCAUCAACAGCUAUGGGACUCUAAUCCUCUCCCAUGUAAGCACUGGCAGUGUCUGCAAGGAGAGACCGUGAGACGCUGAAGCAGAGUUUAGCUGCUGUUCAGCAGGUCACCUGCUCACUAAGGCUCAGAUUGCACUGUUCCCUAAGCACAAAACAUGAACCAGUCCCGAUGGAUUGAAUGGAGGACUCUGAAUAUGAGCAGUAGUGUUAUGAACAUAUCUGAGCACCUCUCCUGCCCUCUUGGAUUUGGUCACUACAAUGCAGUUGACAUCUGUAUCCUUGAGACAGUCGUUAUUGUCUUGCUAACAUUUUUAAUUAUUGCGGGUAACUUAACUGUGAUAUUUGUUUUCCACUGCGCUCCACUCCUGCAUCAUUACACCACCAGCUAUUUUAUUCAGACCAUGGCCUAUGCUGAUCUUUUUGUUGGAGUCAGCUGCUUGGUUCCCACUUUGUCACUGCUCCACUACUCAACAGGUGUCCACGAGUCCUUGACUUGUCAAGUUUUUGGAUACAUCAUCUCUGUGCUCAAAAGCGUAUCUAUGGCAUGUCUUGCUUGCAUCAGUGUGGAUCGUUAUCUCGCUAUAACCAAGCCUCUCUCCUAUAACCAACUGGUCACUCCUUGUCGCUUGAGAAUCUGCAUCAGUCUCAUCUGGAUAUACUCUUGCCUGAUCUUCUUGCCUUCUUUUUUCGGUUGGGGAAAACCUGGUUACCAUGGAGAUAUUUUUGAAUGGUGUGCUACCUCCUGGCUAACUAAUGCCUACUUUACUGGCUUUAUCGUGUGCUUACUAUACGCUCCUGCUGCCUUUGUCAUAUGUUUCACCUAUUUCCACAUCUUUAAAAUUUGCCGGCAGCACACCAAAGAGAUCAGUGACCGCAGAGCUCGAUUUCCUAACCACGAAGGGGACGCUGCUGGGGAGGCUGGGCACAGCCCUGACCGCCGCUAUGCCAUGGUUUUGUUCCGGAUAACCAGCGUGUUCUACGUGCUCUGGCUCCCUUAUAUCAUAUACUUUCUGCUGGAGAGCUCCAGGGUCUUGGAAAACCCAGCGCUCUCCUUCCUAACUACGUGGCUUGCUAUAAGCAAUAGUUUCUGCAACUGUGUGAUAUAUAGCCUCUCCAACAGCGUUUUCAGGCUGGGACUACGGAGACUGUCAGAGACAAUAUGUUCAUCUUGUGUGUGUUUAAAAGACAGGGAUGUACGGGACCCUAAGCCAAGGAAACGGGCUAAUUCGUGCUCCAUUUAAAGAAAACUGGUGCAUGUAAUCAAAUGCUGAGUUUUGGUAGUAUUUGUGGUAUCUGGAAACUUGCCAGAGAGAAAUGUUUACUUGAACAGCUUGCCAUGGUGUUAGAGUGAAUUUAAAAGGGAUCCUGGAAAAGGCAAAGGCAGCUGUAAGAAGGGUCACUGAACUCCUGUGAAAUUGUCAGGAGAACAAUUCAACAGAGAUGAUGAAGAAAGUCAGAAAUAAAAAUCUUCUAAAGGGCAUGAAGUAACUAGCACAUCAGAGGAGGUUCCUCGUAAAACAAAUUAGUUAGUUACUAUCUUAUAUUUUCCCCUCAUAGACAAGUUGUCUUUGUGUCAGAGUAUACUGUAGCCUUCAGAAUUUUAAAGCAUUUAAGAGGAAGCAAUCAACACCACAGUAUGCAGCUAUCCAUAAAUUAUAUACCUGAGGACUGUAGUAGAUACUGCAGGUAAUAAUCAGCUCUAUCUUUGCUCACAUAUUGUACAAUUUUCCGUUGUACAAAAAAUCUGCAGUGCAUAAACCCUACCCUGAGCAUGAUGCUUUGGGAUAAACUGGCACCUUGUGGUACAACUUAGACAGAAGCUCUCCCUCUCAUUUCCCCUGUUUUCCCAUGCUGUGCAUCCCUCUGUUCCAUUGUGUGCAGGUGGGUGAGUUUGAGGGCACCUGUGAGGUUACCUGAGUUCCAAACCAUUCUUUCUGCAGGAAGCAAUGGCCCUCCCUGGCUGGCUGCAGCUGCCCAUGUACAGUGAUUUCUCCAGUCGUUCACUCUCUUGACCCACUUAAGUCAGCACACAGUGUUGGUGUAGUGUCCUUUAGGGUGUACUGAAGUUUUUCCUUACUGGUUCCACAGGUGCUCCUAAUGCAGAUAUGGUAAUGGCACACAGCAGUGUGCAGCACUACUUAGAAAAUUAAAAAAUAAUUGACCCUUUUCUGUGGGAAAUCUAAAGAGCUUACUGUUGUAGCUGUCAGUCUGUUGUGUGAACCUCAUUUGCACAUACCGUAUUUUUUUUAAGAGAAAACGUAAAUUGUGGUCUGUGCCUAAUGUUUUCAUAGCACAUGGAGUAGUCAAUGCUACAGGAUCAAAAAAUUUACACUUGCUUUAAGAGAAAUACUUCUGUGCAGCUCUUUGUUAGACGAGUGUUCUCAGAGGAGGUAAACAAGACAGUUUGGUGUUAAAUACAGGCUGAGAGCUUUGGUAUGUCCUUUUGUACUGAACUGACUUUCAGGUCCACUGAUGAAAUCUUUUUGAUUUUGCAAGGGCACACAUAAGGUUUGUGUAAUAAAUUGCCAGGGGUUCAGAUGCAUGCCAGUCAAUACAAUAUUUAAAUUAUAACUUUGAACCAAAUGUAAUUUUCUUAGAUGGUUAUUGGCUUUUAAAAAAAGGCCCAAUUAUUGAUUAUUGGUGCCUUUUAACACUGCACUAUUAUUCCUUCUUUCACCAAAAUGCGUAUGUAAAGAUUGUGCCUAUUACUUUUUGUAAUGAAAGCUGACCACGUGUGCACACUUGUGGUUUGACUCUAGAGAUCCCUUAUACUGUACUCUUUGUUCUGUUGAGGUGGUUCUGAACCCCUAUACAAUUUUUUAAAACCUGUAAGAAAGUUGAAACAAUGGAAUAAAGUAGUAUUAUGUCAAUCAAACUCAGCCUUGGCGUUAGUUCCCUGAUGUUACGCUUUGUUCUCUGGGAGAGUCCUUUUGGGUUAGGACUUGAGUGAACAAUUUCAAAUUCAAAUUUCAAAGCUGCUUACUUAAUAUCUUAAAUGGUUGUAUUCUGUUUUCAGGCAUUGUACAUCUUCAAAGUAGAUUCAAACAUGACUUGAAACAUUCCUUGAGCUGAGCUGAGCUGUUGGUGACACCCAGCUCUCACAGAUAUUAGGGAAAAAUGAGUAGUGUCCUCUGCAUGGGUCUCAUAAUGCUCCAUGUCUACAGGAAUGUAUUUGCUGACUUCUUUUGACAAGUUCAUGUUUAUUUCAGGAGCCUCUUUUGGCUCGCUACUACUCUGUAUGGUUGUAUAACUCCAACUCUUCCUACAAACAUGACUUGGAUUCAUUUUAUUUUGUCAUUUUUUGUCGGUUUUUUUCCAAGCAAGGCUUAGACAAGGAGCAAUGAAAUAUCUUAUUUCUCAUAUUUCCUAGGGCUGGUUUCUAACCAGUAAAGUAAUUUUAUAUCUGUGGUCCAGUGCUGGCCACUCAGAGCUUCUGAUUUUCAUUGGCGUUUCUGGUGACAAGUUUCUGUGGGACCUCCUGGAAUCCAAGAAAAGUUCUAGCAGGUGCUUAAAGUCAAACUGACAUUGACUGAACCCAGGCUGUGGGCAGCAGACGUGUUGUGACUGUGGUGCUGUAACUCCAGAUGUGUCAAACACCUGAGCAAACUCAUUUGGCUCAGUUGUGCCUUAGUUGAACCCUGUUUGUGUUACCUCAGCAAGCGCAGUUGAUGUGCAGCUACUUCAAGGUUUAUUGCCUGAAAAUGGUGGGUCAGGGGGAGGGCUUGGCCUCAGGGGCUGCACCACAAAGUUUGCUCACCCUGAGAGGCACAGUCAGCAAUAUGUUCCUCUUUGCCAUCAUGUUUAGUCUGUGGAUUUGUCAGGUGGAACUAGAGAUUGCCUUUUUCCUCAGGCUGUUCUUGGAGGGAGAGUAUAUGAAAGAAAUCAAAUACUCUGGAACCAGCUUGUAAGUUCCAAGGUUCUUCACCCUCUUUUAAGAGUUUUUUGGUUUUUUGAACACUGGCUUCAUGUUGUUGGUGCAGGAACACUAAUUUGCUUCCCUGGACUCUGAAUUUCAGCUCCUGUAAAGUCACAUUUCACCCUAUUCUUUAUAAGUCUCCUGGAAUCUGUCAAAUGAAACAUCCUCAGCAGAUUUAAGUAUUGCUUUUCUUCUUUCUGUUUCCCAGGUGACAGGAUUUGACCUGGUCAGUCACAUGAAUCUUUAAAUUUAGUAUGUAUGUUUCAUUUUAUGGAAGUGUUGUCUAAACUCAUGAUUUAAAAUUUUUAUUUGAGGGAGAUUUUGUUACUGUUUACUCAUGCUGUCUGAGGAUUCCAGCUGGUGCCAAAUUCUCUUCCAGAAUUAGAAGGCUGGGCAUUUUAAUGGAUUAAAAAAGUCACAGAAAUUCCAGUCACCCAGUCUGUCGCUUUUGAUUUUCGUUCUGUCAUUAUAUAAAGCUGCAUCUUCUUGUAGGAAAACCUGAUUAAACAAUGAUGCUUUUAAAGCUGGCUCCCACUUGCACGUGCCUGGUAAAUAGGAAACCAGACACUGACUAUAGAAGCUGAUGUGAAAAAAUCAUUGUUGAUAAUACAGGUAUUAAAAAGGAAACAGAUGUAAAAUACUAAACAAAAAACUGAAGCUAUGUGCCUGAUAGAUAAACAAAACAAAUAUAAAUAUAUAUACAAAGAACUCCUUUAGGCAGGUAGAUUAUGUUGUGCUGUUACGUUUCUCUGGAAUACUUACGUUUGCAGCAUACCAGGGGCAAUGUCAAGGUCGAUUACCUUACCACUUUUGGAACCUCAUGUCUGCAGCCUAAGGAAAAGUCCAAAAAACUGUGUAAUGGCAGCAAAAGAUCUACCAGAGAAAUAUUUUUUUCUUCAUUAAAUUCUAUGUGCUCCUUUAUUUUCUGGCUAAGUAAAUUUCUUUUUAAAAUACUAUUUUUAUAGGAAAUGGAACUGUAGUGAUGAAAACCACAUUGCUAUCUUUUAAGGUUUACCUAUUGUCUUAUAGUAAGAUAUUCUUUCCCUGUUUCUGCUUAAGAAUCCAUUUUGUAAUCAUACUUGGUAAAGCAUGAAGUACUAUUCAAGUUUUAUUUUUGUGCAAUCUUUGUGCUUUCCCUGUUGAAAAGUUGGGAAAAGUUGCUUUAUUGAGCUGCCUUUCACAGGUAGUUUAGUAAGACCUUUUCAAAAUAAUGUUUUUAUUGGUUUUGUGAUUAAUUUUCAUUCAUUAGUGUUUGACAAUGACACAUCCUUGAGUACACUUAGUUUUUACACUCAGCAAAAGCAGUAAAAUGUCCUUUUAUGCAUAAAUUAACAUAGUAGUCAAUAUUAGAAAUCGAGAUUUAAUGAUGAGUUAUUUCAACAGCUAUUUCAUUUCAACAUGGAGCUGUUUUAUCUUUCCAUAUUACAGUUGUAGCUAAGCACAUAAAUAUACAGAUGCUUUUUGAAAGCUGGUGUUGGGAUGCUGGGGGUCUGUAUCUCUGAGCCCAAGCCCUGCUGUUCCCAGGGUGGGAAUAUCCCUUUAGCAGCUUUCCACUCAGCUGCAGCACGCUGGGCAGCACCAGUCCUGGAGCUGAGUGUGCCAGGGAGCAGUGCCAGGUGUUGCUGUGGGGGAGGAAUGUCACUGAAGGUGGCAGUGGCCUCCCCAGCUGAUUUGCAGAUCUUUCACUUUUAUUGUCCCUGUCACCAAAAGGAGAAGUUUAAGGCUUUGACUUCAUGCCUGCCCCCUGUUCCCUCUGGCUCUUUUUCUUAUGGAUAGAAUGGUGCAUCUUUCUGCUGAAGAACUGAAUUUGAUUGAUUCUGUUGAGUUUUUUCCCCAGAAAAUUUUCAUGUAUGUCAUUUGAGUGGCCAAACCAAACACUACUUUGUUGACCAGGUGCCAAUUAAUUAGCAGACCUUUCCAGAAAGGGCAGCAUCACUGAGGGUAGUGUUUUCCUGUCAUUUGCAGCAUUGCCUGGAACAUUGCUUAAAGGAAGCACUUUCCAAAGAUUAAAUGUUUUUUGCUAAACCAAAUAUAGAGUUCAAGUAAACCUGAUUUUCCUCCCCAUAUUUUACACAGACAUAUACAAUUUUUUUUCUAAGUAUGUUCUGAAUUUAUACAUAGAUCUCAGCAUUUUUAACCAAAGCCUAUGCCAUUAUUGUUGAUGGCAUGAAAGCAAUGUAGAAGGGUAUUUAAGAGGAGCUUCCUACACGUUUUUUUCCUAGUCAUUCUGUAAAGAAAUUAUUUCUUUCCCCAUCUGAUAUUAGGACAAUCCCCUGAGCUCCACGAGCUGUAAGUGCUAAAGGAGUGGGAUGUGAAUGGAGAAGAAGCUGUUAAUGGCCCAAGGCCCCAGCACAGCCCUGGGAAAAUACUGCAAACCCCUCAUUUUUACAUCCAUAAUUUCUUUAGGCUCCUCCUUUGCGCAAGUACUGUGAAAGGUAGCAUGAAUAUAAGGAAACCUUAGUGCUUUCAGCUGCACUGAUGGGUGGCUAGGAGUAAUUUCAGGCAGUAAAAUCUUUGGGAGUUUAUCCCACUCUUCCACUGCCUGCUGCCAGCCUAAACCCUCUGGAGCAGACAGUGACAGCAGGGCUGCAGGGUUGCAUUUUAACCACUGUGUGACUCCAUCUGGACAACAAAAAGGUGACUGGGAGCAAAAUGAAACUUUUCUAAGUGCAGUGAUUACCAGGGAAAAGAGUUUCUUUUUUCCUGUGUGAUCCCUGCCUCAAAGCUCACAAUCUAAAAUUGACAGCUGGCAUUGUUAGAAAAAGAGACAAACACCAAGCUUUGGAGAAGGGGAAGCUCAGAGGUGUCAGUGUCGUCAUCUGAGGGCACUUCUGCAACUUGACAGCAUUGUUCUUUGUUUCCUUUAAAUGAAAUGUCUUUUUUUUCUUCUUCUGUAUAUUAUUUCAGUAAGCACAAAUUCUUUGCAUAAUGGAAAAAGUCCAUUUGAUGAGAUAUUUAAAUGAGGGACAGGGAAGUGGUUUGGGCAAGUAUAACAGAGGGUACCAACUUACUUGUGAAAUCAUGUUCUACUACAAAUUUCAUACACUUUAAGCAGGAACAUCUUCAAAUACCUGUCUCAGGUGAGGGUUUCCAGUCAUUAUAUCAUCUCUCCAAUGUUGUUUAUGCUUGUGCAGGUAUUAUGGAAAAGUCCUUCUUAUAAAGCAAAUAAAUUUAGAAUUGUAAAUGGGCAAAUGAUGUUUUCUGAGACAGAAUGGAUUUGUUCUGCUUUGGCAAGGACACUGGCUGAACCUCCUCAUAGCUCACCUGUUUGGGGUCAUUGGCAGCUCUGCACAAACCCAAUGUUGGGUACUGGUGUGUGGGGCUGAACUUAUGCAUGUGCCUGUCAUUCUCUACAGGUGGGGUGAGAGACAGCUGGAGGCAAUAAUGCCUUAAAAGUCAGCAAGACUUUUUCAGAGCUGUGGUAUCAGGGUUCUUAAUGGUAAGGAAAUUCUUUGUAGUUAAAAAAAGAGAUAUCUAUAUGCUGUGAGGAAUGAGUUGUUAUUAGGUCAAAAACAGAGUAAUCUGGUUUUCAUCUUGCCCUCAACAUGCCAAAAGGAUCUUCAUAUGAGAAUUUUAUUAUAAUCAGGUAGAUUUUUCAGGCACUGCAUUUUUAUAGGGAGUUUUAAUGCCACUGUAUGUACAUAAGGAUUGUAAAUAAUCAUAUAAUGGCAAAGUUUCAGUGGCAGCUUUUCUUGCAUUUCAGGGGCUUUGGGGGCCACUUUAUGGCUCAAGCUGGGUAAGCUCUAAGUGUGUGCUGAAAUUACCAAAGCCAAGACAGCAACAUAGGCUGUAAAUGCAAGGUGUUUAUCCAAAACUACUUUCCCUGUAAUACUGGAUAUUUGAUAUUGUCCAGGCAAUUAUCUCAUGUUGCCUUACAGAAAAGAAGGAAAUUUAACACAUGUAAGCAGAACUAUAUGCUAUCAUAAUGAAAUUAUGUUCAAGCUUUUUGAUUUUUCAACUCAGGACUCGUAUUUUCUGUGAUCUCUUACUUUGGGAGCUUCUAACCAGUUCAUUAUUUCCAUUUUCUGGCUGUGCUUUACUUGAUCUCUUUGGAUUUUUGAAAUUCAAUUUUAAAUUUGAAUUUUCAAUCCAGUUUUGCUGUUUUGUAGCUGUGUUCUUCACUUGACUCAUGUAAAAACUUUUAUGGAGUAUUGGAAAAGGUCAUGUCCUGCAUCCAGUCUGAAAUGUACUCAGGCUACAUUUCAUUGUGUCUGAAAGAAGGAUUGCUGUACCUCGUUCACCACAUUUCAGGUGUCUUGGCAAGAGCAUCAGUGACAGAUAAGUUCUCUAACAUCCUCUGUUGGGCUGAAACAUCUGCCUCUGAUUUUGUUUGUAAAUGUUGCUAACUAAAGAAACUCUAUUUUGGUGGUGAAUCAGUAUAUUGGAUGGGGUUUUUGGAGGUAAUUGAUCUGUCUCUUGUAUUUCCUCUGGUUCUAAUGGGGAACAGGAACGUUAUUGCUUAAAUGCUGCUGGAAGUUCUGUCCACUUCCCCCAUUUUUUGGGAAAAGUAUGUUCGUGAUGGUUGGUCACUGAUACAAGUGGACUUCAGUGAUCAUCUUAUUUUAUGUAUUGAAUUGGUUGCAUUAGUAAUGGCUGUAAUUUGAAAAUAAAAAUCAUAACAAAG